CCCCCCGCCCCCCUCUCCUCCCCCCCCCGCGCCCUCCCCUCGCGCGAGCCGCCGGGAGCCGCCGCCGGAGCCGCCUCGCAGGAGCUGGGAGCCGCCGCCGGGAGCUGCUGCCGCCGCCACCAUGGCCGAGAACGCCGCCGCCGCCGCUGCCGGCCUGGAGAACCACCGCAUCAAGAGCUUCAAGAACAAGGGCCGCGACGUGGAGACUAUGAGGAGACACAGAAAUGAAGUCACAAUUGAGUUGCGGAAGAACAAAAGAGAUGAACAUCUUUUGAAAAAAAGAAAUGUUCCCCAGGAAGAAAGUUUAGAAGAUUCUGAUGUUGAUGCUGACUUCAAAGCACAAAAUGUAACACUAGAAGCUAUACUGCAGAAUGCCACAAGUGAUAACCCAGUGAUCCAACUGAGUGCUGUCCAAGCUGCAAGAAAACUCCUAUCCAGUGACAGAAAUCCACCUAUUGACGACCUAAUAAAAUCAGGAAUUUUACCAAUUCUGGUGAAAUGCCUAGAAAGGGAUGAUAAUCCUUCAUUACAAUUUGAAGCUGCAUGGGCAUUGACUAACAUAGCAUCAGGCACUUCUGCACAGACUCAAGCUGUUGUACAGUCUAAUGCAGUACCUCUCUUCUUGAGACUACUUCAUUCACCACACCAGAAUGUUUGUGAGCAAGCUGUGUGGGCUCUCGGAAAUAUUAUAGGUGAUGGUCCUCAGUGUAGAGAUUAUGUCAUAUCACUGGGAGUUGUCAAACCUCUUCUGUCCUUCAUCAAUCCCUCCAUUCCCAUCACCUUCCUUCGGAACGUCACAUGGGUCAUUGUAAAUCUCUGCAGGAAUAAGGACCCCCCACCGCCUAUGGAGACAGUUCAGGAGAUUUUGCCAGCAUUGUGUGUUCUCAUUUACCAUACAGAUAUCAAUAUUCUUGUGGACACUGUUUGGGCUUUGUCCUACUUAACAGAUGGUGGAAAUGAACAGAUACAAAUGGUGAUUGAUUCAGGAGUUGUACCUUUUCUAGUUCCCCUUCUGAGUCAUCAGGAGGUUAAAGUUCAAACAGCAGCACUGAGAGCAGUAGGCAACAUAGUAACUGGUACUGAUGAGCAGACACAAGUUGUUCUCAAUUGUGAUGUUUUGUCUUAUUUCCCAAAUCUCCUGACGCAUCCAAAAGAGAAGAUAAACAAGGAAGCAGUUUGGUUCCUCUCCAACAUCACAGCAGGAAACCAGCAACAAGUUCAGGCUGUAAUAGAUGCUGGGCUAAUCCCUAUGAUCAUACACCAGCUGGCUAAGGGAGACUUUGGAACACAAAAGGAAGCUGCUUGGGCAAUUAGCAAUUUGACAAUAAGUGGGAGAAAAGAUCAGGUUGAAUACCUUGUCCAGCAAAAUGUAAUCCCACCAUUCUGCAAUCUGCUCUCAGUAAAGGAUUCUCAAGUGGUACAGGUGGUCCUGGAUGGCCUGAAGAACAUCCUGAUAAUGGCUGGUGAUGAGGCUAGCACAAUAGCUGAAAUUAUAGAAGAGUGUGGAGGCUUAGAGAAAAUUGAAGCCUUGCAGCAGCAUGAGAACGAAGACAUUUAUAAACUAGCGUUCGAAAUCAUAGACCAGUAUUUCUCUGGAGAUGAUAUCGACGAAGACCCCAGUCUCAUUCCUGAAGCCACUCAAGGAGGUACUUACAACUUUGACCCAACAGCCAACCUACAAACAAAAGAAUUUAAUUUUUAAGUUCCAAAAAGUGCAGCUUCUCUGUCCCACACCAGGAUGAAGCACCACCAGAUGGCUACCAAGAGAAGAAACAAAAGGCUCCAAGACACACAAUGCCUCUUCGUUUUGAUGCUUCUAAAGCAAGCCAUGUAUCGGUCACUUUGCAGUUGCCAAACGUCACUAUCACAUGGACUGUAAAUGCAUAUGCAUGAUCUCUUAAACAACUCUUUCAGAACCCUUUUUAACAGUCCCAACUACCUUUUUUUUGCCUUUUUCCUGGUGCCACGUGCUGACAACCGCAGUUUUGUUAAGAGAGAUUCCAUAGUGGUGGCACAUUGGCUUUCCAUGGAAACGUAGCUUCUUUGGGAAACGGUGCGCUGUGGAUCAAGACACUUUGGUAUGAUGCCUACAUUUUGGAAGACUUUACAGGGGCCCAGUUUGCUCUGAGCCUUCCUCCUCCUCCUCCUCCUCCUCCUCCUCCUCCACAAGCAUAUUUUCGUAAUACUUCACGUGGAAGAAUAGAUACAAAAGGAAAAACAAAACGCAAGCCAAAUGCAUUUCAUUGGUGAAACUGAAACGAAAAGUUACUUUAAACACAGCAAAACCAACACCACUUGGCAACUGGUUAAACACUUCAGUUUAGAACAAACAAACAGAGAAACAAAGAGAGAAACUACUUCAGCUGUGGGUAAUUGAUGUGUGUUCAUUGACUGCCUCAGAAACCAGGGUUGGAGAAUGAACUGUAGAUUUGGACUGGUAAAGCUUUUUUUGCCAUUAUACCUAAUUUUUUUUGAGAACAGCGAGCCCUCUUUGACCACUCACUUCAGCCUGUGUGUUCCUGCUGUUUUUGAAGUAAUCAAAUGCUGUGCAUGGUAUUUUACCUGAGCUACAACCUGUUAUGGACUUGAACUUCUGUUUAAGCUGAAAGCAAGAGUCCCAGACUGUAGAAAACAAAACAAGGAGAAAAAUUUCUGUCCAAAA